CUAGAACCAGUCGCGGCCGAGCGCCCGUGCUGUCAACACGCGUGCACUAUGACGAUCCGCUGAAAGGUUGCGCGCGUAAAAAGUUUAUUUAAAAAAUAAUAUAUAUAUAUAUAUGCUGUGAUACAUUAAGUUUUAUAUACACAAGUGUAGAGUGACUUAUUCGUGGAUUUCAUUGAUUUAGAUUCACAAUGGAAUUGAAAUCUCCAAAAGCUAAGAAGAAAUCUGACAUACCCUCGUGGAGGAAGAUGAUUCGUACGCCGGUUCUAUUGCUGCUGUUACUCGGUUCCAUCAAUUGUGACAUCAGUGACAGUGACAGUCGAAUGUCAGUUUACAGUGACAGUGACGUUGAAAUGUCAAACUACGGUGACAGUGACAUCUCAAGUGUGGGCAAUAGGAGCCUAAGGCACGAACACAUACAUCCUAACACCAAAAAGGUCCUAAAUGACAUUAAAUAUUUGAGAAGGCACUUGAACAAGGAGAUCGUAAAUUUCGUUAUGACAGACGUCCUUGUGGACGGUGAGGUUGAGAACAGGAUACAUUACAACGGGAUUACGGCGAAGGAGACUUUCGUGGGGAAAGACGGAAACGGCCUCAAACUUCGUCAGCUGUCGGACGGGAGGCAUCUCAUACAAAUCAUCUACACAUCAGACGGCGAGAUUCAAGACUGCGAAUACAUAUCCGGGAGACCAGCUCGAGAAUUCCUUAGGAGUUUGAGGAAGGAACUAAAACAGGCCCUGGAUGAGGAGACCUCAAGAAUUUAUCAGAGGGACAAGGAUAUAGGCGACGAAAAGUUCUACAGGACGUUUGGAAAUGUGACAUUCAGGGUGUUGAGGAACGAGAAAUUACCGAGCGAUAUAUCCAACUGGAUGGACUAUGACAGGUUGAAACAAGAAUGCUUCCAGCGGCACGAACAGCUGAAGUACAUGAUGGAGAAUCGGGACAACAGCAAUCACCAAAGAUCUCGCAGGUCGAUCAGGGAGAAUUUUAUAAUGCCGGGCACUAAGUGGUGCGGCGCUGGUCAGUUGGCUGAAUCCUACAAUGACCUCGGAUCGGACAGAGAUGAAGACAGAUGCUGUAGAUCACACGAUAACUGCCGCGCGAACAUCGGCCCGUUCAAACGAAAGUUCGGCUUAUUCAACUUUAGGCCCUACACGAUCUCGCACUGCCGCUGUGAUAGGAGAAGAAAGCGGGAUAUGGAACUGCUCCGUGUCCCUGGCACCAAGUGGUGCGGCAAGGGUUACUCCGCCACACAUUACUCCCAGCUCGGAGGUUAUACCAGGACAGAUAGGUGCUGCAGGGUCCAUGACCUUAGAUGUCCCUUCUGGAUCGGGGGCAUGGAGAAGAAAUACGGUCUUUAUAAUUGGAGGGUUAACACUCUGAUGCAUUGCCGGUGUGACGAGAGAUUCCGCGCAUGUCUGAAGUUAGCCGAUACCUCUGUAUCCAAUAUGGUUGGGAAAUUAUUUUUUAAUAUUGUGCAAACCAAAUGUUUUAUUUUAAAACCGAUGAAGGUGUGCACGGAGAGGUCGUGGUGGGGGAAAUGUCUUCGUCACGGUUCCAUGAAGCAGGCGUUUCUAAGAGACAAUCUACCAUACUGAAUAUUAUUUUAAACAUAUCAAAGACAAUUUUUUUUUUUUUUCUUAAUCGUUCCCGUCAAAAGUUUUGUAAAUGUAUUCAGUUAAAAGAAAUAUUUAUUACAAAUACGGAUAAUGUUUUCGUUUUAUAAGCCUAUAUUUAUUAAACUAUUAAUCUAAAAACGAAUAGAAUAAUAUCAUUAUAUAUAUCGUAUAUUCUCUAAACAUUUUUGUUUAAACCUAUACGAUCAGGAAUCAUUUUAUCAAAAUUAUUUAAAAAUAAAUUUCAAAUUAUAAUAACAUUUCAUUAUCCACUGCCAGUAUAUUUUUUUAUUGUAAAUAAUGUAAGUAAAAAUAUAUUAAUUAUUUAUUAAGGAUUAAUUUAUUAAUAUUGUAAAUAUCUGUAUUGUAUGUGGCUUAAAUACUUUUAUGUCAAAAUAGAACUUCGCCUUAAAUUAUGGGUUUAGUUUUGACAGUUGAAAAUGUCGCGGGAUUUUGUUUAUUUGGCACUUUUUUCGUUAUAAAUAUGCAUCCUUACCAUGGGUAAAAAUCGUCGAACUACACACGGACAGUUUCAAAGUUAUUAGUAGUUUCGAUAAUAUUCUGCUAUUUAGUGUGACAUGACCGUGGAAACUUGUGACAAGGCGUUAUAAACUUUUUAACGUAUGAUCUUAAAUCGAAACGAUUUCGCUUAACGAAUCAAAUAAACAAUUGAAGUUUCAGUUAGCGUAAGUGAUAACUUAUAACGUUAUUUCUGUUUUGAUUUUAUAUGUGAACGUUCGUUAUACCAGAUACUAGUUUUAAACGAGAAAAACGCCAAUAUAGAAACUUGAAUUCUUGUUUAAAAUCGUGGAAAUUUAUAUAUAUAUGAAGUAGAUAUGUGAGCUUAAGUGAUUCAUAUCGAGAACGAAGUAAGGAACAGCAGGAUAUUGCUGAAUUAAACAUAGAAAUGUUGUAUUAAAAAAAACUUUUACUAAUUAAUAAUAUUGUGACAUACAUCAACAUUGUUAAAAAAAUUCGACUAUUUAAAUAGAAAUUAUCUGAAUUAAAUACAUUCUCGGUAGACGAAAUAGCGUGACAUAGUGUUACUUCUGCUACUUAAUAAUAGAUGGCGUUGUUAGCAGUAGUGUCUGUUCACGUUAAAAUUAAAAUUAAUGAAACUAAAAGCAAUGAUAAUUGUAAGUUAGUCACUUUAAAACAUUAUUGAAAAUCUAACUAUUUAAGAGAAUAGAAGUAGUAUAAGAAAAAAAAUACUUUAUUAAUAUGUAGUGACCUUACUGAGCGUGAAAUAGUUAGAUAAACCCUAUUUAUGUAUAUUAUUUUCACUCGGCAAUGUAAUUUUGUUUAGUUCAUAUCAGUAAGCACGGGAAUAAUUUUAAACUAAGCAAGAUAAUGUAUAUUUUUCAUUCGAGAUCAUUUAAAAACAGUAUUACAAGGUCCUAGCUAUUUCAAUAUAUAUAUUUUUUACCAAGUUCCCUGAUAUAUACAUUAUUUAUUGAUUAAAAGAUAUGUGAGUAAAAAUAAUUUAGGCUUAGCUAGAUUUUUAACUCGAAGUUCCUGUAUUGACAAUAUUCGUUUAGAAUGUAUUUAGAAUAGAAUUAAAUUUUCAGCAGAUUAUAAAAAUUAAUGUUCUGAACCAUAUAUAUAUAUAUUAUCUGUGGUCCGAUUGUUAUAAGGAGGAAGUUAUGGCCAGAUUCAUAAAAUUUUUCAUUUUGUUAAUAAAAUCAUUUUAAAUCAAGUAUAUUUUUUUUUUGUUUUGUUUUAAUAUAAUAAAAUUUUAUUAUUCACAAGCAACAUAUUACAUAAUUCGUGUGAUAGAAUACGGUCUUGUGGAAAAUAAAAAGUUAUAUGACACUCGGUUAAUUUUUAAGUUGUAUUGUCAUUUCUAGGUCAAGUCCGGCCUAACUUUGUGUGUUUGGUUUUGUCCGUUCAUAAAGAUGGUAACGCCGACCGGAUAUUAUAUACUGAUUAUAAAUAUUGUGUGUCGUGAAGAAUGUGAAAUAAAAUAUAUAGAUAAAAA